CGCUGGUUUUAACUAUGGCCACUGGACCGCUGUUACACGUUGUUUCUUUGUGCGGUCAAAGGUAACUACAAGGGAAACGGUGAUUAGCAUGCAGUAGCGGUUUAGUUUUUAAAAGGUAAACGUAUGGGUUAAUUUGGCUAUCAAGUGUUUGGCUCUCGCGAGCACUUACAGCAAGAUUGCUGUGUUUUUCCCUCAUCGGGAAGCUAACCAAUAUUUGAUUCCCCACCUGCUUGCAAAUAUGACCACCAUCGUCCAUGACACUGCAGAGGCAGUAUGCUUGUCCACCGAGUACAACUUGUACCUCAAGCCUAUUGCCAAGAUGACCGUCAGCGUGGCUUUGCCACAGCUCAAGUUACCGGGCAAGAGCAUCUCCAACUGGGAGGUUAUGGAAAGGGUAAAGGCCAUGGUUGCUCCGGAGCAGUUUUCAGCCCUUCGAAUCUCCAAGAGCACCAUGGACUUUAUCCGCUUUGAAGGUGAGGUGGAAAACAAGUCGGUGGUCAAGAGCCUCUUGAGUCGUCUGGAUGGAAAGACCAUCAAACUUAGUGGAUUUACUGAUGUACUGAAGGUUCGCGCAGUAGAAAAUAAGGUGGACUUCCCCACGCGACAUGACUGGGACUCCUUUUUCCGUGACGCCAAGGACAUGAAUGAAACUCUUCCAGGAGAGAGACCUGACACAAUUCACCUGGAAGGACUUCCUUGUCGCUGGUUUAGCCAGAAAGAUAGCCAGUUCCCAGACCGGCCAUCAGAAGAAGUUCUUACUGCUGUUUUCCAGAUAUUUGGCAAGGUGCGUAAUGUUGACAUCCCCAUGCUGGACCCCUAUAGAGAGGAGAUGAUGGACAAGAACUUCAGUACAUUCAGCUUCGGGGGACACCUGAACUUUGAGGCUUAUGUCCAGUAUCAGGAAUACUGUGGCUUUACAAAGGCCAUGGACACGCUGCGUGGCAUGAAGCUGAUGCUGAAAGGCGAGGAUGGGAAGGCGGUGGCAUGCAACAUCAAGGUGACCUUUGACACCAGCAAGCACCUUGGUGAAGCAGCCAUUAAGAGAAGGAGCCAGGAGAGGCUAAAGCUACAGGAGCUGGAGAGGCAGAGAGAGGAGCAGAAAAGACGAGAGAAAGAAGAGGAGGAGCGGCGAAAGGAAGAGGAAAGGAAACAGAAAAAACAAGAAGAGGAGGAGAAAGAGAGAAAGAAGGAGGAGAAGAUACGGAAGCGAGAGCAGAAGCUGCGGGAGAAAGAGGAGAGGAGGAAUUUGAAGAAGAUGAGGCGACAGCAGGAGGAGGAGCAGAGGAAGCUGCAGAUGAAGAUUGCCAUGGAGGAGAGGAGGCUGCUGCUGGCUCAGCGCAAUCUGGAAUCAAUACGGCUUAUUGCUGAGCUGCUGGCAAGAGCUAAGACACUAAAGCAGGAGCAGCAGGAGAAAGAGAGGGCUGAACGAGAGGAACGGGAGAGGCAGGAAAAGGCUCGACAAAAGGAAGAACUGGCCCGUCUUCAGCAACUGGAGGCCUGUCGACGCAAGCAGGAGGAAGAGCUGCAGAGGGUAGAGGUGGAGAAGCACCGAGCACUGGAGCUCCAGCGUAGAGAGAAGGAGCUGAGAGACAAACUUCUUUGCAACCUUGUUAAGAAAAGCAGCAGAAAAACUGCAGGAGCUGCUGGCAUGCAGGACCAGGCCAGUCCUCUAACAAGGGAUGAGGCCUCUGAUCCUGAAAGCGAGAUGCUGGUAGUGCAGGGUCAGGUGAACGGAAUGAAACCAGCUGAUGGCAACGAAAAGCAGGUUUCUAGAUCUAGUUUGCAUUCCCAAGUUCUAGGGAAAAAGAAAUCAGAAGAGAGGAGAAGAGGGGAGGACAGGCAGGAAGAAUUGGUUCAGAAUAGGCACAGUAGAGAACGUGCAAGGGGCCACUCCCACAGAGAAAGGAGCUCAUACAGCCAAGGAAGAAGGAGGCGCUCCCAUAGCUACAGUAGAAGAAGGAGCUCAAGCAGACGAAGGAGGAGUUACAGUCGCCACAGGAGGCGCAGCAGCAGCAGAACAAGCUCCAGCCGAGAGAGGAGCCGGAGCAGCAGCGGAAGGAGCUACAGCAGGGGGAGGAGCCACAGGCAUAGUCGCCACAGAUACGGCAGACAUAGCUCCAGGAGCAGCAACAAAAGUAGAAAGCACAGGAGUCACAGUCAUCACAGUCGAAGAUACCAGAGACACAGCAACAGCAGGGACGGGAGCCACUCCAGACGACGCUGAACUCACCGUUGCAGCAGUUUUUAUGGAUCGACCUAAUCAGCUCUAACUUAGAGUUCAGCAACUUUCAAAAAAAAGAAAUACCCCACAGAACUUCAGAUUCACCUCAAACCACACGAUAUGUAAGGAAUGUGAAUAAUCCAAGUUGUUGCAGAAUUUUUUUUAUUCAGCAACCUUUAGUUUUUUCACCCAUUUUUUUCAUCCAUAAGUUGAAACUUUUGUCAGUUUAUAAUUGUCCAAAUAUUAAGUGUCUACUGGUUCGAGGUUCAUGAUGCAAAAUACUAACUUACUAUUUCAUUUGUCUUGAACUUAAAUAUGUGAAAGACACUGCGUCAGUAUGUGAAACAAAACUGGCAUUAAAAGUUGCUGUAAAAUGUGCCGUUAAACAACCAUUAAUAUUCUGAUACCGGAACAUGAAAAUACUGAUUGGAAAACCAAAAUUAAAAGUUAAAUUGGGCAGAUAAACACUUUGUAGACUGAACUUCUAGUCUGCUUUAAAAAAUCAAGUCUGGUGAUGACAUCUGUAGGUUCUGAGGAACAAAUGACCCUCAUAAAUGUUUCUUAUGUUUUAUUAUUGAUCUAUUUAUUCACAGUUGCAGCUUAACGAUAACACAAACAUGUUUUUAGACUUCAUGGAGCUUAAUACACUUAAACAUGCUCUGACGAGCAGCUGGUGUAUUUAAGUUGAGGUAGAAUUUUAAGAGAACUGCUGGUCCAGAACAAAUACGAAAUGGUUUAUUACAAAUGAGAAACUGUCAGCCACACUUACUUGAAUCAGGGCAUCAGUAUUUGCUCUGUUACGGAUACAGGUUUAAAAAAAAAACCCACACCAGCUGCGUUUGUGAUGAUCAUGUAGUUUCAGUCAGUUUUUGGAAG